CUGCCCCCAAAUCCUCCGACUCCAAACUCCAAAGGUCGUACCGCCAGCAACACAACUCCCACGCACGCCGGCCCUUGGCAAGACAAUCGAGCACCAAUCGCCGCCGCGGGCUCGUCCCUUCUCUCCCCGUCCGCGUCGUCCCUACCGCUGCGCCCCGGAGCGGAGCGGAGUUGAGGUGAGAUAGCCCGGGGUCCGGGAAUCGGUUUCUCCGGCGCUGUUUGGCUUUCAAGGUAGAAAAAGAAACCUUUCUGUUCAGUCAUGGCUUUCCAAACUCCAACAGCUGUUCUGCUUAAUGAGAAUAUGCAGAUGAUACAGAAAGGCAAGAGGGCUGAUGCACCAAGUACCAAACCACUGAAGCCAUCAACAAAACCUGGGCUUCAGGAGCGGAAGGCUCUUCAGGAUGUGUCUAACAUUCCUAAAGGCACUGCUUUAAGUAACAGGUCCUCCGUCAAAGAGAGGUCCAUCCUGAAAGAUAAGUCCACCAUGAAAGAAAGGUCCAUCCUGAAAGAGAGACCUGGUCUUCACAAUGUGUCCAACACCCUUAGAGAGAGGUCCAUCCUGAAAGAGAAGUCUGAUCUGCGUAGCCAUCAAGCAAUUAAUAACCCAGUGAAUAUUUUUGCUGAUGAAGAGACCAAGAAGUGUCAUGAAUGGGCUAAACACGGGGUGGAGGGCAUUCACUUCACCGGAAAUGAUUCUCAGAAGUUGGAUAAGGAUGUGCAAGACAAACGUGUCAAGAAGAAAGUGGCGAAAGUUAUGUCAGCAUUACAUGGCUGGUCAGAUGUGGUAGUCGAUCCUGUGAUGUUUCCAGCUACGGAAGUUGCCAAUUUUCCAGAAGAAGUAAAAGAGCUGGAGCUGGAACCAGAGAUUCUCCCAGACAACAUUAGGUAUCUGGUUACCUCAGGCAACAGGGCCGAUGCACCAAGGGCCAAACCACUGAAGCCAUCUGUGAAGCCUAGUCGUCAAGAGCGGAAGGCUCUUCAGGAUUUGUCUAACACCCUCUCAGAGCGGAAGGGUCUUCAGGAUAUGUCUAACGCCGUCAAAGAGGAGUCCAUCCUGAAAGAGAGUUCUGCUUUGUGCAGCCACGAAGUGACUAAGAAUCCACUUAAAAUAUUCACUGUUGAAGAGACCAGAAAAUGUCAUGAAUGGGCUAAGGAUGUGAUUGAGGGCUCUCACUUCACAGGAAAUGAUCCUCAGAAGUUGGACAAGGACGUGCAAGAAGAACGUGACAAAGCACAGCUUGCUGAAGGCUCUUCUACUGAUGAUGAGCUUGACGAGUACCCAUUUCUGGACAACAAUCCUAUUAAGUUUGAGCUGCGAGAUGAGCCAGGGAUCCCGGACCUGUGAGCGAAUUGACGAAUCCAUGCCCACCGUAACUGAAAGCUCUGCUUCUGCUGUGCUUUAUGCUGCUUGCUCUGUAGCACUCUAUGUAGUAUGAUGUAUAGUAUGCUAGUGGAUUUGAGAUGCUUCCUUCCCCAACUCUAUUCCGAUGGAUGUGAAUGAUGAAGUGAUGUUGCCAGGCUGAUGUUCUAAAUCAUUUGCUGGAUAAACAUAUGAUGGGAUGAAUACGGUUGAA